AAUUUUCUUUUCCCCUGAACGAAAUUCUUUAUAAAUACGAGACCAAAAAAAAACCCAUAAUUCAAAUUAUCGUUUUUAUACUUCAUAACAUUUCAAAAUGACUCACGUUGAUCAAGAACAGCUCGAAUUCCAACAAGAAGUUGACAGAGUUAAGCAAUGGUGGGCUUCUCCUCGUUUUAAAUUAGUCAAACGUCCUUAUACCGCUGAAUCUAUUGUCUCCAAGCGUGGUAAUUUCCCUGUUGAGUAUAGAUCCAACACUCAAGCCAAGAAAUUGUGGAAAAUCCUUCAACAAAACAAGGCUACUGGUGGGACUUCUCACACUUUCGGUGCUCUUGAUCCCGUCCAGGUAACCCAAAUGGCUCCUCAUCUUGAUACCGUCUAUGUUUCUGGAUGGCAAUGUUCUUCCACUGCUUCAACCUCCAAUGAACCUGGUCCAGAUCUUGCUGACUACCCCAUGGAUACCGUUCCCAACAAGGUCGAGCAUCUCUUCUUUGCUCAGCUCUUCCAUGAUCGUAAGCAACGUGAAGAUCGUCUUUCCAUGUCUGCUGAAGAGAGAGCAAAGACCCCCAAGAUCGACUAUUUGCGACCCAUGAUCGCUGAUGGUGAUACUGGUCAUGGUGGUAUUACCGCUAUCAUGAAGUUGACCAAGAUGUUUGUCGAACGCGGUGCUGCCGGUAUUCAUGUUGAAGAUCAAUCUCCCGGUACCAAGAAAUGUGGUCAUAUGGCUGGUAAGGUUUUGGUUCCUAUUGCUGAACAUAUCAACCGUUUAGUUGCUAUUCGUGUUCAAUACGAUAUUAUGGGUGUUGAAAAUAUUGUCGUUGCUCGUACUGAUGCAGAAGCUGCCACUUUGAUUACUACCAACAUCGAUCCCCGUGAUCACGAGUUUUUGGUUGGCUCCACCAAUCCUUCAUUAAAGCCUUUGGCUACUGUGAUGCUUGAAGCUGAGGCCCAAGGUAUUCAAGGUGCUGCUCUUCAGGCUAUUGAAGAUGAUUGGAUUUCUCGUGCUGGUUUAAAGCGAUACGGUACCGCCGUAGCUGAUGAAUUAUCCGCUAAUGGUAAAGCUCAUUUAGCUAAAGACUUUUUGUCCGAUAUCCGAUUCAAGUCAAACGGUGAAGCUCGUGAAAUUGCCAAGAACAAGUAUGGUGUUGUCAUCUCAUGGGAUUGGGAUGCUUGUAGAGUUCGUGAGGGUUUGUAUCGUUAUGAAGGUGGAACCGAAGCCGCUACUUCUCGUUCUAUUGCUUUUGCCGGUUAUGCUGAUAUGCUCUGGAUGGAAACUAAGAAGCCCAUCUUAUCUCAAGCUGAACAUUUCUCAAAGGGUGUCUUGGCUGCAUCUCCUGAAUCAUUGUUGUGUUACAAUUUAUCCCCUUCAUUCAACUGGGAUGCUGCAGGUUUAAACGACUCCGACAUGGGUUCAUAUAUUCAAAAUUUAGGCAAAUUAGGAUUUGUUUGGCAAUUUAUUACCUUGGGUGGUCUCCACGCAAAUGCCCUCGCUUCAGCAACAUUUGCCAAAAGCUUUAAGGAACAAGGUAUGUUGGGUUACGUCAAUAACGUUCAGCGUAAAGAAAGAGAGCACGAUGUGGACGUCUUGCAACAUCAGAAAUGGUCUGGUGCAAACUUUGCCGAUGAGUUGAUGAAGGUCGUCACAGGUGGUAUGUCCGCAACUGCCGCCAUGGGUAAGGGUGUUACAGAGGAUCAAUUCAAAAAAUAAAUCUCGUGUACAGCCCUUUUCUGAUUAAAUCUUAUAUUGUACUUCCUUCCCCCCUUUCUCUAAAUCUAUCAUUUAAUAAAUUCUUUUGUUAACAUGUAC